AUGCCCGCGCUGUUUUGUUUGAUCAGUGCCAAAAUAGGCCAAAACCAUCCCCUGCUUGCCGCCGUCAUCGCCUCCGGCGGUCCUAUUCCCCUAGGUGCCUACGGCUUCGUUUGGAAGUGUGUGGAGCGGGCGACUGGGCGACUUGUAGCGAUCAAGGGCAUGAAGCAGGCGCAUGAGGAACCAGAGAUUAUGCGUCUUGCAGUUCGGGAGGUGCGGGUGCUUCAGACGCUCAAACACCCUGCCAUCAUUCCGCUGAUAGAGGCCUUCAAGUCCAAGUCGGGCCGGGUGUAUAUGGUGUUUCCGUACGUGGGUCACAGCGCGUACCAGGAAUUGGACGAGCAUCCCGACGGCCUACCUUACCGUCAACUCAAGUUACUGGUUUGGCAGCUGCUGCAGGCUCUCGUAUAUCUGCACCGGCGCAAGGUCGUGCACCGCGACAUCAAGCCGGGCAACAUCCUGCUGUCGGAGGGCGGCGGGGUCAAGUUGUGUGACUUUGGCUUCGCUCGUACCACCCACUGCGGCCCCCGGGACGCGGAGGACUUGACCAGCUAUGUGGUCACUCGCUGGUACCGGGCACCAGAGGUGCUUGUGGGUGACCGCUACGGCCCCGCCUGCGAUAUCUGGUCACUGGGCUGCACGGUUGCAGAGCUGGCUACAGGGCAGCCUCUGUUUCCAGGCAAAUCCACGGGCGAGCAGCUGUGGCGCGUCAUGCGCUGCUUUGGCCCCCUGACUGCCGCCCAACUGGUCCACAUGACCUGCAAUCCCAGUCUCGUGCGAGUACGUGUGCCAGUGCGAGGCCGCACCCUCCGCGAGCGCUUGUUGGGCUGCGACCCGGACCUGUUCCGCCUGGUCGAGUCAUGUCUGCAGCUGGACCCCAGCGACAGACCCACCGCCAGAGAGCUGCUGCAGUCACCGUACUUC